GGUAUUAAAAUUUAUGUCGAAUCCUAAUGAAAACCAAAAAAAUGCCUUGUGUUCCCAUUUUGGUUGAGAAGCAAAGCAGACUGGAUGAUCAAAUUAUUAAAAGUUAGAUAUGAGCAGAAGGAAAGAGAAGAAAAAGGUAUUUUAGUAUGAAAAUUAUGUUGAUUAUGCCUAAGGUUAUGAGAAAAUAAGUGAAAAAAAGGUAGAAUAGUGAAGAAAAGAUUUUAAACAUUAAAUCCUUUUGAAAAAUUCAAUACUAUUAC